AUGACCCAUGAAGAGAGACCUGCUACCAUAUUUAAUUCAACAUUUGUUCGUCCUGCAAAGUUCUAUAUCAGUGGGUUUACCAACAUCCCUCAUGUGAAGUAUUUCUAUGUUUUUAUGUGUUUCGUCUACAUCAUGACUGUUCUUGGGAAUAGCCUCCUUCUCUCACUUAUUUACCUGGUCAAGACUCUUCGUACUCCUAAAUACAUGAUUGUGUUUAACCUGGCAUUGACAGAUUUUUGUGGGAGCACGGCUCUUAUCCCAAAACUCUUGGACACAUUUUUGUUUGACAGGAGAUACAUUGUUUAUGAGGCAUGCUUAAGUAAGUUAAUGUUCUUUGUUUUAUUCUUUGCAAGUUUGCAGUCAUGGACGCUUGUCACGAUGGCAUUUGACAGAUUUAUAGCAAUUUGCUUUCCUCUAAGGUAUCAUAGUAUUGUGACUAAAUCAGCUAUUGCUGCAAUGCUGCUGUUUGCGUGGGCCUUUUUAUUGGCUCUAGUAUCAUUUACUGUUGGACUUAUUGAUCGCCUCUCCUUCUGUAGAUCUUUGGUGGUAAAGAGUUUUUUCUGUGAUCAUAACCCAGUAUAUCGCCUGGCUUGUAAUGACACGUCUUUAAAUAACAUAAUGGCAUAUGUUGCUUUCUUUGUAGCUAUCUGUAUUCCUCUUGUUUUAAUAGCAUUGACAUAUGUUUGCAUUUCCAUAGCACUGAGCAGGAUUGCAUUAGGAGAGGAACGACUCAAAGCAUCUAAAACCUGUACUUCUCACCUGAUUCUUGUUGCUAUUUUUUAUCUACCACUUGUGGGCACCAACAUAGCAUCAGUAGCCACCACCUCCAUCCACCCUAAUACAAGGAUUAUAAACUCCACUUUGACACACACCAUACCAGCUUUGCUCAAUCCUGUUAUAUACUCUUUAAAGACAGAAGAAGUGCUGAACUCCAUCAAGAAGCUUUGCAGAACAAGUAUGGUCAAUCUCACAGCCAACAAAUAA